UGCCGGUAACCAAGGUCAGGACGCAGAACGCCAAAGAAGGCGCAACAGGGAGCUAAGAGUAUUUCCGUUUCACCCCUCGAAGUGUAUACACACUCCACAACAUCCAAGAUGUUGCGUGAUUUCGUCAAAAAGAUCAUGCCGACCGCUGCCCAACCAGAUUCCGGGACAACCGGAUCGGUUAUACCAGAUGAUGGCGUGAACACCUUCCGGAAAUGGAGGCAGCUGGGAGGCGACGUGAUACGGGACGUUACGAAGUUCGGUCCCGCAAAGGUGACGCCUGCCGAAGAAACUCCUAAGGAAGAAACGACGACGGAAACAACGAAAACGAAGUCGAAGACCGGGGACGAGUGCAGGGUAUGCCGGAAGUCCAUUGCACCUGAAGAAGCCUCGAGAAUUUGUUGCGAGUGUCAACAGAAAGUUUGCGAGGACUGCGCCUGCUAUUCGACGACAACGAAUUCUGAUGAUCCGUCGUCUUGGCGUUGUAGCGUCUGCCGACGAAAACUCGCGUCUCGGGACCAGCCAAUUGUGACGCAGGAGUCGACAGAUUCACUGUUGGAAGUCCAGGUUUUGGACGCUCUCCAGAGGAGGCACAGCGACGCGAGGCUUGGUUUUCAGAGCGGAAGUCAGUUCGGUGGACUUGGUUCCGGUUUAGCGCCGCCGAGAAGCCCGGAAUUGAGGAGGCACUCGGACGUGUCACCUGCUAGUCUGAAGGAACUCGAGAAGUUUCGAAAGGUUGCAGGGGAACGCCGGGAAGAUCUCCGAUGGGAACGAGACUUGGACCGCAAAAGCAAGUCCAGAGCAACGUCGCCGGAUCGCCACCAGGUCGAUAGGGGCCGAGGUAUCAGCCCCCAGAGGAUGACUGUCGAACCUUCUUCCGUCGUUGGAAUGGCUAUCGACAUAGACGAGGAAGAGGACCGUCGUAGUAGGGCUCGUCGAGGCAGUACAGUACGUGUUAAAUCCCGCAUAACCAGGCAAAGGUCGUACGACGACGAAAUGAAGAACAUGGUGGCGAUGGCCGCAAGCGCCGGAUAUCUCGAGCAACAGGAGCCUAGCCUCAGGCUCCCGACGAUGUUACCGAGGCGGGCCUCGGCCUACGAUGUUUACGCUGCACCAGGAGUCGGUGUUAACGCCAUAGCGAUCGCAGCUGCCCAACAGAGAGCAUCGAUUUCAGCGCAAGGUAACAGGAAACCAGAGGAAAGACCAACCAGCCGGCGGUCAUCGUUUCGUGCAGUGAAGCCUGUGAUGCCGUAUGAAGUCGGAGCCGAAGAUGAAAGCAUGAUGAACUUGGACGCAGCGUCGGUGCCGAUGCAGGUUCCAGUGCCAGUUCCAGUGCCAGUCCCGGUGCCAGUGGUACCACCUACGGUGGUCCCUCAACCUCCAAUUCUGGUUCCCGAUGAGGAACGGCGUACACGGCGAAGAGGUUCCCAAUUACCGGAUAUAAACGCGAUAAAAGCAUUGGCAUCUGCAGCUCCGGGGGCGGUGAAGGUAGCUCCACCAGUUGUGAACAGAGUUGCGGCCGAGGAUCGCGAAUUGGCCCGACAAGGCAGCCUUGUAGACGGUGAAAGCAUCAAGAUCGUUAUCCACCACGCGGAUAAUGAUAUGAUACCAUGGGUCAACCCGAAAAGAAGAAUAAAACUGAGGAGAGAUCCAACUUUGGACAAGGGACACAGAGCGGCUGGUUUCGGUAUACGUGUGGUAGGUAAAACGGGGGCUGAUGGACGUACUUUUGCAUACGUGAUGUGGGUCGUGCCAGAUGGACCGGCAGCUAAAGCAGGCAUCCAACGCGGUAACAAGGUGCUGGAGUGGGGCGGUGUUUCUUUGAUAGAUCGUAGCUUCGAGGAAGUCGCUCAAAUAACCGAGCGUGGCGACGAUGUGGUCGAGCUGGUGGUCGAGCAUGCUGCUGACAUCGGGGAUCUGCCGGAUGAUCUAGGUACAGUACCAGCGUCCGGAAAAGUGCCGGGAAAUAUGGGCCUGCUGAUGGAAGCGGAAACGGAUAAAACACCCUCAUCACCGACGCGCAGGAAACUGCCAAAGACGCCGGAGCAAAUCGCGAAAGAGAAGCAGGUGUCGGGCCGUGUCCAGAUUCAGAUUUCGUACGAGGCAGACCGUAAGGAGCUGAUCGUCACCGUUUUUAUGGCGGAUGAUCUAUGCCCGCGAGAAGACACGGGCUAUGGCGCGCUACCGGAAGCGUAUGCUAAAUUGGUUCUUCUCCCGAUAUGCGCUGAUCAGACCACUUUGAAAACUGCGGUCGCCGAGCCGAGUCAAAAACCCAUUUGGAACGCGACGUUACUCUUUUCCGGGGUUGACGGGGAGAGCUUAAUGAAGCGCGCAAUUGAAGUGACUCUCUGGGACUUCUGUCCGGAUCUUGAUAACGUUUUCCUCGGCGAAUGCAGCGUUGAGUUGCAGCGAGCCCUCGAGAACGAUAGAGCUGUUUGGUAUCGUCUGGAGGAUCCACGAGGGUUGCGCGCAAGCAAGUCACCGUUCUGCUCCCCCCGUGGUUCUCUCUCAAUGGAAAUUGCCCAAAGGUUGCUACGAAAAACGGAGCUGCGCGAAAGAAGUUACAGCGACGAUACACAAAGCGACAGCGGAAGUCCCGAGCUGAGCUUCCUGCACCCGAACCACGCUUGGCACGCAAAUUCUAGAAGAGGUUCCAGUCAAUCCGAGCAACUGGAAGUCGAACCCUAUGAACUUAACAGAGACUACAGUAGAUCCUUGCCCGGCAGCCGAAGGAGCAGUUUCCAGAGCCAGGGUGGCACCGAUAGUAAACGCGGAAGCAUGGGAGAAACCGACAUGCCGACCAUAGUGCACUAUCAUCGUGAUCGACGGCGAAGUUCGAUCAGCAGGCCAAUGAGAGACGCGGAAGAAUUUCUAGAAGAUUUGCGGAUCCACGGUCAACGCAUAAAGGCGGCAAAAGGGGAACUCGGCAGGACGAUGAGUCUCUCAGGAGACAAAAGACGCGAGAGCCGGCGGGGUGAGCGCAAAGACAGCAUCAUGAAUAUUCCGGAGAGGUUUUACGAUCGCAACAGUGAGUCGGAAGAGGAAGAUAAAUUGGGUCAGUCAGCGAGGAACGAAAAUGGUAUUGCCACAAGAUUAGGUCGCGGACAGGUGCCGCCAAAGGGAUUCAAGCUCAUCGCUGGGCCUCAAAAUGGUGAGGUAAAGUUGGGAUUCUGCCUUUACAAAGGAACCCUCGAAGUCGAGGUUAUCUGUGCCAGAGACAUUUGUUCGAUGGAUAGAGAAGAGCCAGAUACCUACGUGAAAACGUAUCUCCGAGAUGGCGACAAGUGGAUACAGAAGCGUAAGACGCGUGUAGUACGACACAACAGGAACCCGGAGUACCGUCAAACUAUUAAGUACAAUAGCUGCGACGCUCUCGGUCGGAAUCUGCUGGUGAUGCUGUGGGAGAAGAAGCAGGCCUUCGAGAGUAAUCAGGGCCUGGGCGGAGCCGAGGUCAGCCUCGAGCUUCUUCCAUUGACACGGCUAACAAUCGAUUGGUAUCCGUUCUUCCCAAUCCAUACACUCGGCACCCACACCGCGGACUCCCCAUGAUGGCUCAGGGAAAAAUGGGCCCUCGAAGCCGG